UAUAAAGCAUGAUUUACGGAAUAGCACUACAAUUCUUCGACGUCUUUACGCCAAGAUGGCCGCCACGUUCCUUUCCGUGCUAUGCGUCGUCUUUGUGUUCUCGUCCUACACUUCAGCUACCUUCAAAGUCGCCCAGAGGAGGCUUCAAACAUCUAAUGAAUGGCAGUUGAUCGACUCGUGGACGUUCGAAUCAGGCUACGUUCGCUUCAACUUCAAUAUCACCUUUCCUCGGAGUUAUUCCCCCAUGAAGCUUCUCUUCUACAAACAGGACCAGUACUUCCAGGCUAACGAAGGUUCCAAGUCUUGCGACGAGAAGUUGUCUGUUCUACAAUUCGGCGCCACCGGUCAGCAAAUCCUGAACCUUGACGUUGGAAUGACCCAAGCCGGCUGUAUGCAGCGUUACGACUCCACCAUGGGGGACAGCGUCACCUGUAACGGCCGCGUUACCUUCAACGUCGAUCGUGGUAUGAUGUGGUACGUGGUGGCCAACAGAUGUGGCACAAUGAACGGAAUUUCGGGCAUGGACAUGUGGUACUACAUCGACAACAUGGGGGAGACGACCAACAACCCUCGCUUCCCGAUGUACUCGGGCCAAUCAAAAGCCACGUUCACGGCCUUGACCUUAGUUCCAUUCCUUGUUCUUAGACAAUGCCUGGCGUAAGACAUGGCACCUGGUCUGGUAUGCCACCUUCAAGAAAUAUAAGAAAGUUAUAUAAACGUCCUACGUAUCGACUGUCAUUCGAAAGCUAAAAUAUGAACUUCUUCAAAGCAAUCAAUUGAAUAUGACAAAACAUGUUAGAUAAAAAUAUCUUUAUCUCAGACUUGUUCGACCCAUGAAAAUCUACAUCUAUAUGCGUCAGCUCUUAAUCGUUAAUUUUUUAACUACUACUAUCUGUAUUCAUAUGUAUCCGAUCAUUACAAACUACUGUUAGUUAGUAAUGUCAUUUACACAAUGUAUUUGUAUUUGUAAUUCCUAUCAGUGUCGCUUUUGUUCUGUACACAUCAGUAAUAAUUAUUUGGUAUCUAUGUCUGUGCUAUUCAGUUUUACAAUCAGAUUGUGCAUACCCUUAACCAAGGGAAGUUUAGAAGGCGAUAUGUAGGAUGUUUCUAUAGCUGCAAAGGACCUGUCCCCGGAACUUGACUUCAAACAACCUCAAUUUGACCUGGAUUUGAAACUGCGUAUGACUAGUUUGUUGCACAUUGGCCUGCCUUCAUUCGUGUGUUUAGUAUUUGCAGUGUGACGUUACCAUUACUAUGGCGACUGACUGCUGAACGGCAUAGCCAAUGAUGUACAUUCGUGUUUGAAUGUUCGUCUAUGUUCAUCACGAAUGUUCACAAUUAAUAGUUUUUGAGCAAUAAAAAAAUUCACAAUUA